UAAAAGUUUGAAAAGCAUUUUUUUGAAGCUCCCCCUCCUCCUUCAAAUGCAAGCACCAGUAACAGAGCCACCAUGUUACAAUAUUCUGUUCUUAAAACAUUAGCUUAUCUUCUUAUCUACAAUUUGCGGUGGCUAUGUAUGUGUUUAAAAGUACGUCUACACGAGGAGCUUUUAAUUGCGUUGAACUUUAUGUGCAUGUAAACCAGCUCAAAAAAAUUGUUUCGUUGAAAUAAAAAAGGUUGCAGGGGACAGAAUGGAUUCUUUCUAUUUUGUUGCACGAAUAAAAAUUGUAGCAGUUAAUCACUUUUUGUUUCGCCAAUUUAUACGAUCUGUUGCAGUGCAUAUUUUGAAAUAUUUCAGAUGAUUCUCAAUUCUUUUGAAAAUUAAACAAAAUCAUGGUUGAAAAAUGUAGAGAAGGCGAAAAGUUGAAAUUAUUUGAUUUUUAUGGGGAAAAUGGAAAGGUGUGGAAAUCGAAGAAUUACUGCUACAAAAACAAUAAGGAAAAUGACGAAAGCAGAGGUCUAUUAUUUAGUCAAUCAAGGCCUGAUAAAGCAUGAUAUCUUUACUGGACUGUUUAUUUGUCUUCUUUGUCCUCGGAAGGGGAAAAAGCAAGUCACAAUGUAUACUGCUAAAAAGGUCUCACAUAUCGCACUAGCUUCAGUUAAUUUAGAAAAACGUAGAAAACUUCAAAUAAAAUAAUUGACUUGAAUAGUCGUGAUUAACACUUUUAAAAGCUAGGACGUGAGUAACAUGAAGUGUUAAUAUGUUGCAAUUUAUUCAUCAUUUCAAACUAAUUAAAUUGUGAUUAAUUAUUUCCAACUUGUGAGUAUCAUUAAUUUCUUAUUCAGAUUUGUUUGCCAGAAAGGUGACUCAAAUAGAUACCUCGUUAGUUUCAAAUUCGACGAUAAAUAAACAGAACUUCCAUCUGACUCAUUCCUCAGUAAAUUUAAAAAGAUAAGCCCGUUAUUGUGAGUGACGUAGCUAACCGCUACAUUUUCAGGUCGUUGUUUUGCUUUGCAUUUCCCUCACAUUGCUGUUAUAAUGUUUGAAAUUCAACUGUGGUAGCAACUUGUUCGUUCCGUUGACAUUGUGACAAACGUGUUGUGGUGGAUAGUCAACAACAAAUUUUCGUAAAAUUCUUACGCCAUAACCAGACACAAUUUUGUAUUGUGGUUUCAAGAACUUUAAAUUGACACCGCGAAGUAAGGACCGAGACCUCCCAAUGAUGAAAAGAUUUUCUCUUUAAAAUGCAAGCAAAACAAUUCUCUUGAUUUCCUGCAGACAGGAGAAUUUGUUUAUAUUUACCAGUUUAGAAAGUGCAUAUCAUGAAUUUACAUUAUGAUGAGUUCAAAGUUUAAUUCCGUUGAUGUUUUUAUGUCGCAUUUUAAUGAUAUCUUUACAGACAAACGAUAUGUCGUUAAAGGUUUUAAAAAAUUCUUGCAUCCGCUUACUAUGAAAAGGCUGGACAUUUGACGUCAAUUGAACAUACAAUAUCCAACAUUUAUUAACCACCCUAGCUUAACAACGGCAAUACAAAGAAAGCUCUCUCAAUUACAAAUAAUCACGGAUAUUUCCUAAAUCUACGUCCUAUUUCUGCUCAAGUCUAGAGAACAUAACAAUGGAGGUGAAAGACAUAUUAUAUCGCUUCCUUCAAAUUAUAAGUUUCGACUUGAAUGGCGUGUAUAAGGGAGAAAGGUUGGACGUUUUGGAGAAACAACUAAAUUGCAAAAUUAAAAGCAAUACGAAUAGCAAGUUGUAGGAAGUGAAACAUUCAGUAAAAAUACUCUGCAAAGAGAAAUCCUAAGUUGGCAAAGGCAAGAUGCAUCAGUCAAGUUCAACGAAAAUUAUAGUGUUAGGUGCAACAGGUGUUGGAAAAACAGCUCUCGUUAUAAGAUGCUUAACUGGUCAAUUUUUUCAACACUAUAUAUCUGGAUCGGACACUGCUUAUCACUUUACUCACGGUGGUGUAUCUAUGGAUAUUGUUGAUUCUUCUGGAAAGAAUGAUGCGUUGCUUAGUUACGCAAAUGGAAUCGUGUUAGUGUAUUCAAUCACAGAUCGAGAAAGUUUUCGAUCGUUGCAAGCUCUUGUCGAUAAAGUUCGACGAGUGAACCUUCAAAAUGUAAACAUUGUUGUGAUUGGUACAAAAUGCGAUAAACAAAAGCAUAGAGUAGUAUCGACAACAGAAGCUGAGGACUUUGCGUUAAGCAACGGUUGCACAUUUCAUGAAACAUCAUCAUACAUACCUAAAUAUGAAGUCAAAGAUAUAUUCAUUAAUAUUGCAAAAAGAGUAAAUCCACGAAAGCGAACACAAAGCGAAGUUGGAAUACGCAGCCAUAUUAGAGAUACAUUUAGAGGAUUCUUAUCGAAAAGAAGAGAUUCAACUGGAAAUAUGUUGUAGAGAAUCUAUUCUGCAAAUUUAAAAAAAGAUGAAAAGACGGCAAAAAACAACAACAAACAAACAAAUAUUUCUAGAAAUUCCCUGGACGACUAAACUUCAAUGCACAACAGUUUCUUGAUGUUGUGUGAUGUUAUAAUACUUCUGUGAAGUGUCUCUUAAGUAAAGCGUUAGUGCAUAUAUGUAUAUAUUGUAAAUAUAAGAUUAAAGAGCGCUAAAAAGCGCUUAAAUACAAAUACGCUUUUCAAUCAUUUGUUUCUUUUCAACCCUUGGGAAAGAAAAUAAAGAUUCGUAAAUAUAGAUGAAGCCACCAUAUUGCGCGUUCAAUUUGUCGUUGAAUGUUAUAAUUAUUUAAAUUUGGCGCCACCUCAUCAUAACAAACUUUUUCGUUCGAAGUUGGUAGUAUGUUACGGAAAAGGGACUCAAAGCAUGAAAAAAUAUGACAGAUAUUUCUUUAGUUUAAAGAAGUUUAAACAAAGGUUAUAAAGUGCUGUUACUACUUAGUACGUAAAUCUUUUUUAGUUAUCUUAAAUCAAAGAUCUCAUUUCUGAUGUGUACUGGUAACUACAACCAAAACCUACUAAUUUUCACACCAUACAGCCAUGGGAAUUCUGUAAAAUUGUUGCUAGGAAGAUAUAUGAAUACUUAGUUGUAAAAUAUAGUUACUUUUCUGUUAUUAGAGUAGUUAACUUAGUAGAUUUUAGGAUUAAGAAA